UCCCAAAAAAAGCAGCCAGAGUUCGCCACACGUGUGGCACUGUUCACGAGGGCAAAACCGGGAGGGUGUCAGACAUCUCCCCUGCAUUUCCUGUUUGCACCCAGCAUGGCGAGAGGGUUCGGUCGAGAGGGCAGCUCAGACGCUGUGGAGAAGGGCGGAAAGAGGACGAAGAAAGAGAAGGAUUUAGAUGAACUGAAAAAAGAAGUAUCGCUGGAUGACCACAAGGUGUCGCUGGCAGAGUUGAGUGACCGUUAUGGAGUGGACCUUUCCAAGGGCCUAACAAAUGUCCAGGCACUGGAGAUCCUGGCGCGGGACGGUCCCAACGCGCUGACUCCGCCCCCUACUACCCCCGAAUGGGUGAAGUUCUGCCGGCAGCUCUUUGGCGGCUUCUCCAUCCUGCUGUGGAUCGGAGCCAUCCUCUGCUUCCUGGCCUACAGCAUCCAGGCUGUCACUGAGGACGAGCCUGCCAACGACAACCUGUACCUGGGCGUGGUCUUGGCCACAGUCGUCAUCAUCACCGGCUGCUUUUCGUACUACCAAGAAGCCAAGAGCUCCAGGAUCAUGGACUCCUUCAAGAACAUGGUUCCUCAGCAAGCCUUGGUGAUCAGGGAGGGGGAGAAGCUGCAGAUUAACGCAGAGAAUGUGGUGCUGGGGGACCUGGUGGAGAUUAAGGGGGGUGACAAAGUCCCCGCAGACCUCAGGAUCAUAUCCGCCAGUGGCUGCAAGGUGGAUAAUUCAUCCCUGACAGGAGAGUCUGAGCCUCAGACUCGUUCUCCGGAGUUCACCCAUGAUAACCCGCUGGAGACGCGAAACAUCUGCUUCUUCUCUACAAACUGCGUCGAAGGUACUGCUCAUGGUAUCGUGAUCGCCACGGGCGACCACACGGUGAUGGGGCGCAUAGCGACGCUGGCGUCCGGGCUGGAGGUGGGGCAGACGCCCAUCAACAGGGAGAUCGAGCACUUCAUCCGCAUCAUCACGGGCGUGGCCGUCUUCCUCGGCAUGUCCUUCUUCGUCCUCUCCCUCAUCCUGGGCUACAGCUGGCUGGAGGCCGUCAUCUUCCUCAUCGGCAUCAUCGUCGCCAACGUGCCCGAGGGUCUGCUGGCCACCGUCACGGUGUGCCUCACGCUCACGGCUAAGCGCAUGGCGAAGAAGAACUGUCUGGUGAAGAACCUGGAGGCCGUGGAGACGCUGGGCUCCACCUCCACCAUCUGCUCCGACAAGACCGGCACGCUGACCCAGAACCGCAUGACCGUGGCCCACAUGUGGUUCGACAACCAGAUCCAGGAGGCCGACACCACCGAGGACCAAUCAGGCUGUACCUUUGAUAAAACCUCAGCGACAUGGUCGGCCCUCUCCCGAGUAGCUGGCCUCUGCAAUCGAGCCGUAUUUAAGGUUGGACAGGACCACACCCCUAUUCUAAAGAGAGAGACAGCGGGCGAUGCCUCUGAGUCUGCUCUUCUGAAGUGCAUUGAGCUCUCCUGCGGCUCUGUCCGCGCCAUGAGAGACAAAAACCCCAAAGUGGCAGAGAUCCCCUUCAACUCCAUCAACAAGUAUCAGUUGUCCAUCCACGAGUUGGAGGACAGCCCCACUGGUCACCUGCUGGUCAUGAAAGGUGCACCAGAAAGAAUUCUGGACAGGUGCAGUACAAUCAUGUUGCAAGGGAAGGAGAUUCCCAUGAACGAGGACUGGCGAGAUGCAUUCCAGAAUGCCUACUUGGAGCUGGGUGGUCUUGGCGAGAGAGUGCUAGGUUUCUGCCAUUACAUGCUGCCGCCGUCGCAGUUCGCGCGCGGGUUCGAGUUCGACUGCGACGACCCGAACUUCCCCACGGAGCAGCUGUGCUUCCUGGGCCUGCUGUCCAUGAUCGACCCGCCGCGGGCCGCCGUUCCCGACGCCGUGGGGAAGUGCCGGAGCGCCGGGAUCAAGGUGAUAAUGGUGACAGGCGACCACCCAAUCACGGCCAAGGCCAUCGCCAAGGGCGUGGGCAUCAUCUCCGAGGGCAACGAGACCGUGGAGGACAUCGCCGAGAGACUCAACAUUCCACUGGGCCAAGUCAACCCCCGCGAUGCUAAGGCGUGUGUGGUCCACGGCUCAGACCUGAAAGAGAUGAGUUCGGAGUACCUGGACGACCUGCUGAAGAACCACACGGAGAUCGUCUUCGCCCGCACCUCCCCCCAGCAGAAGCUCAUCAUCGUGGAGGGCUGCCAGCGACAGGGUGCAAUCGUGGCGGUGACGGGGGACGGGGUGAACGACUCCCCGGCCCUGAAGAAGGCCGACAUCGGCGUGGCGAUGGGCAUGGGGUUAGACGUCUCAAGCAGCGGCGACAUGAUUCUCCGACGACAACUCGCCAUGUCGGGGGAGGAGGGGCGUCUGAUCUUCGAUAACCUGAAGAAGUCGAUCGCCUACACCCUGACCAGCAACAUCCCAGAGAUCACGCCCUUCCUCUUCUUCAUCAUCGCCAGCAUCCCCCUGCCCCUCGGCACGGUCACCAUCCUCUGCAUCGAUCUGGGAACCGACAUGGUCCCGGCGAUCUCCCUGGCUUACGAGACGGCUGAGAGUGAUAUAAUGAAGAGGCAGCCGCGCAACCCGCUCACGGACAAACUGGUCAACGAGAGGCUGAUCAGCAUGACCUACGGGCAGAUCGGUAUGAUCCAGGCCCUAGGGGGGUUCUUCACAUACUUUGUGAUUUUGGCGGAGAACGGGUUCUGGCCCAGCACGCUGGUGGGGAUCCGGCUUAACUGGGACGAUCGCAACAUGAACGACCUGGAGGACAGUUACGGGCAGCAGUGGACUUAUGAACAGAGGAAGAUAGUGGAGUUCACCUGUCACACCUCCUUCUUUGCCAGCAUCGUAGUCGUGCAGUGGGCUGACCUCAUCAUCUGCAAGACUCGACGCAACUCUGUUUUUCAGCAGGGAAUGAAGUGAGCGUGUGUGUGUGUGCGUGUGUGCGUGUGCGUCUGU